GCAGUCCAAAAAAAUCGAAACGGUUUUUUGUGAUAUUAAUGAGAAACACAUUCUGUAAUAAGGAUAUAUUUUUUUUAUUAAGUACACGAGAAAAAAUCAAACCUUAUCUGUGCGGUGCGAGUUUUUGAAACGUAAUCUUUUCCAAAGUUUUGAGGAAAUACUUUUAUCGCAAUAAUUACAGUGAUAUGGCUCAAAGGUGUUCGCGAAAGGAUGCCGCAAUCAUAUGUUUUGUUAUAAGUCCUUAAAAAGUUAAAGAAAUCAUGUGUACAUAGCGCAAAGUGAGUGAAGAACUGAAUCGAAGCGAAGUGAAUCGUAUCGAAUCGAAUCGAAAGAUCACGUCGUCGGCCAUGAUUUUUUGAUUAUUCCCUUUUUUCCUCGUUACGGAAAGCAAAAGGAAGUGAUUAAGAAAUUCUACUAUUGAGCCGUUAAAAUAAAUCCAAAUGAAUCUUAAUUCCUGUGGCGGGGUAAUAUUAUUAUACGUUUUUUCAAAAUAUUUCUCACUCGUAGAAAUUCAGUCUUAUAAGUGCCCUAGCUCUUGGUCUUUGACGAGUUAGUUUCAUAUUGUUCCGAAAAUGUUUUAUGGGAUUACCUUUGUUACACUAUGGAUAUUACCUGCAACUUUUUGGAUACAAUGUACAGUUGCCCAACAAUCGUUGACAGAAAAAAUUCCUCUUGGUGCUAUUUUCGAGCAGGGAACAGAUGAAGUUCAGUCUGCUUUCAAGUAUGCCAUGUUGAAUCAUAACCUGAAUGUGUCUUCACGGAGAUUUGAGUUACAGGCAUAUGUGGACGUAAUUAAUACUGCUGAUGCCUUCAAGCUCUCUCGAUUAAUAUGCAACCAGUUCUCAAGAGGGGUGUAUUCAAUGCUUGGAGCUGUAUCACCAGAUUCAUUUGAUACAUUACACUCAUAUAGCAACACUUUUCAAAUGCCAUUUGUGACACCGUGGUUUCCAGAAAAAGUUUUGACACCAUCAUCCGGAUUUCUUGAUUUUGCAAUAAGUAUGAGACCUGACUAUCACCAAGCAAUUAUUGACACAAUACAAUUCUACGGUUGGCAAAGAAUAAUAUACCUUUAUGAUUCACACGACGGCCUUCUGAGACUGCAGCAAAUUUACCAAGGACUAAAGCCCGGAAAUGAGUCAUUUCAAGUGGAAAUGGUCAAACGUAUAGCAAACGUUACCAUGGCAAUAGAAUUUCUACAUACCCUGGAGGACUUAAGUCGUUGGACAAACAAAUAUAUUGUGCUUGAUUGCCCAACGGAAAUGGCAAAAGAAAUUCUCAUAACUCAUGUCAGGGAUAUUGCACUAGGCAGACGCACAUACCACUAUUUGCUCAGUGGUUUGGUUAUGGACGAUAGAUGGGAGAGCGAAGUUAUUGAAUUUGGUGCUAUUAAUAUAACCGGGUUCAGAAUUGUUGACACAAACCGGCGGUUGGUGAGAGAAUUUUACGAAAAUUGGAAGCGCCUGGAUCCUGUGACCUCGGUUGGUGCUGGAAGGGAUUCAAUUUCGGCACAAGCAGCUCUUAUGUACGACGCAGUAUUUGUUCUGGUUGAGGCUUUCAAUAAAAUCCUUCGCAAGAAACCAGAUCAGUUCAGAAACAAUGUCCAGCGCCGGAGUCAGACACUAAUACCCAGUCCAGCGAAUGGAACAACAGCAUCGAGCGGUAGUAACGUGGGAACAAGUACACGUGCUUUGGAUUGUAACACUUCCAGAGGAUGGGUAAACCCUUGGGAACAUGGUGAUAAAAUUUCACGAUAUUUGCGAAAGGUGGAGAUAGAAGGAUUAACAGGGGACAUCAAAUUCAAUGAUGAUGGCCGAAGGCAAAAUUAUACUCUACACAUUGUUGAAAUGACUGUGAAUAGCGCAAUGGUUAAAGUUGCUGAGUGGUCCGAUGAGGCUGGCCUAAUGCCCUUGUCAGCAAAAUACGUGCGCCUUCGACCCCCUGUGGAAUUUGAGAAAAAUCGUACAUACAUUGUCACAACACUACUCGAGGAACCAUAUAUAAUGCUUAAGAAAGACGAUAGCUUCGAAGGGUAUUGUAAGGACUUAGCCGAUUUACUGGCAAAGAAAUUGGGAAUAAAUUAUGAGAUGCGCUUAGUUAAAGAUGGAGGAUAUGGUGCAGAAAAUCCGAAUGUGCGUGGUGGUUGGGAUGGUAUGGUGGGAGAGCUUGUGCGGAGGGAAGCGGACAUAGCCAUAGCUCCAAUGACAAUAACAGCUGAACGUGAGAGAGUUAUUGAUUUUAGCAAGCCCUUCAUGUCGUUAGGAAUUUCGAUUAUGAUAAAAAAGCCAGUCAAACAGACUCCAGGUGUAUUCAGUUUUAUGAAUCCUCUCUCCCAGGAAAUAUGGGUUAGUGUCAUAUUCAGUUAUAUUGGAGUCAGUAUCGUUUUGUUUUUCGUAUCAAGAUUUUCACCUUAUGAAUGGCGACUUAUUCAAUAUUCAGAUGCUAUAAAUAUACAUCCUGAUCAAAUUCCAAACCAACAACAACAACAAAUACCACCUGGAGCCCCAGCGGCAUACGCAUCUCCCGCCGUAGUUGUAAAUGAUUUCAGUAUUUUGAAUUCAUUCUGGUUUUCAUUGGCUGCAUUUAUGCAACAAGGAUGUGACAUAAGCCCACGAUCAAUAUCCGGGCGGAUUGUUGGGUCUGUUUGGUGGUUCUUCACAUUGAUACUCAUUUCAUCAUACACUGCUAACUUGGCAGCGUUCCUAACAGUCGAACGGAUGGUAACACCGAUAAACUCACCAGAAGAUCUGGCUACACAAACUGAAGUCCAAUACGGAACUUUGCUCCAUGGUUCAACGUGGGACUUCUUCAGGAGAUCUCAGAUCGGUCUGCAUAAUAAGAUGUGGGAAUAUAUGAACUCCAGAAAACAUGUCUUUGUUAACACCUACGAUGAGGGCAUAAGUCGAGUGAGAACAUCCAAAGGAAAGUACGCUCUAUUGGUCGAGUCACCGAAGAAUGAAUAUGUUAAUGCUCGGGAACCAUGCGAUACAAUGAAAGUGGGGCGAAAUUUAGAUACCAAAGGUUUUGGUAUAGCCACUCCAAUUGGAUCACCUUUAAAAGAUCCAAUUAAUUUAGCUGUGCUUUCUUUGAAAGAAAAUGGUGAGCUUAUUAAACUGCGUAACAAGUGGUGGUAUGAUAAGACUGAAUGCAAUCUGAACAAAGACAAUCAAGAGACCUCGCAUAACGAACUUUCAUUGAGUAAUGUGGCCGGAAUAUUCUAUAUAUUAAUUGGUGGUCUCCUAGUGGCAGUCUUUGUAGCAAUAAUUGAAUUCUGCUUUAAGAGUAAAUCCUCCUCAUCGUCUUCAUCAUCGGCGACAGGAGGCCGCCAUCAAAGAAAUUCUCUAUCAGAUGCAAUGCACUCUAAGGCUAAAUUAACAAUUCAAGCCAGCAGAGAUUAUGACAAUGGUAGAGUCGGGGUUAUUUCAAAUUGCAUUAACUUUCAGUACUACCCGCCAGCACAAAUAAACGCCACCUCCGACACGGAGUCAAUGCACAUGAAUACACAUGGUCAGGUUUGACGUGAGCAUGCGCAGGAGUCACGGCUUUGACGCACUCCUUGCGCACCAACAAUUCGAAGGAUAAUGGCUAACAGUAGACAGGAGACUGAGAAAAUGCUUGGCAACCAUGAAAGCUUAUCAGUCGGAAAUCAAAGUAAUACCCUAAUUCGAAAUCCUGAUAUAAGUAAUCCCUACGCUAAGUAAACUAAUGCUGAAAGUAUGUAUCAACUAAUGACUCCAUACACUAAAAAAGCAUCCCUUCAUUUCAAAAAUAAAUAUAAAAGCAAAAUAAGAUAAAUGAAAACACAUCAAAAAUGUGAAAUUGACGUUAUUUUGCUAAAAUUAGAUUAAGAAGAACUGACUAUUGUUAUAAAACUAAUAAGUUAUAAAAUAAUUCGAAAAAAGAAAAAUAAAUAUCUUUUUACAAUAAUUGUUUUAAGUAUAUGUAAUUUAUUAAAAUGAAAUGUAUGUAGAAUUCCACAAUUAGUGAGAAAACUAUGACCGGAAAUCAUCAUGUUAACUGUUUUAAACGUAUACUGUGCCAACUAAAUUGAAUUAACACUUAAAUAAACAAUAUUUACACAAACCGGAUGCACAAAGCAUGUCAUUGCAAAAUAGUAAACAUUCCAUAAUGUAUUUGACAAGAGAUUGGCAAAGGAAAAAGGAAAAGGUAAAAGCAUAGAAAAAUCAAAAAUUCAAUCAAGAAAAUCAAAUUAAUUGCAAUGCGUCCACAAAAAAUUGUAGAUAUUUUACUUGUAAAAAAUAAUUGUUGUUAUUAUUAUUUACUAUUCAUUUGUUAUUUAUGGCGUGAUUUGAUUUUAUUUUAAACAAUUCUACAGUCACGAUUAGGUUAAUAUAGUUAAUAUAAUACGUACUUUUUUGUAUUAUCAUUUUCUAGAUCAAAUUCGAUAGAUUGGGAGCCAGUAAAUACUUUGAUUUGAUAUAAAUUGCACAUUUUAGUUUGAUUUGUAUUAGGUUGAACCCAGGCCGUUUUAUUUGAUAUUAAAAAAUAUAUUGCACAUUAAAUAUAAGUUAUCGAUUCAAUUCAUGCACCAUUUCCCUUCACUAUUAUGUUUUUAAAAAUCAUUGAUUCCAUUAAACAUAUCAACCUGAUACAGUGGCGAAUUUUUAAAAAUAUAAUUUAUCGCUAGCUCCCAAUCAAUAAAUCAUUUACUUAAAAACACAUAACAAUGAUUCUAAUUUAUUUUUAAAUUUGUACAUAGGUAAUAAAAAUAUUUAAUUUUUUUAUAAAAAAAAUAAUAGACUAAGUAAAUUAAAUAAAUAGGUACAUAUAGCUCAAUUUGAUAAUUUCCUUUAUUUAUUACAUAAAAUAAAAACGGUUUGACAUAGUCCACUUAAUAUUCAGUUCAUACUGUCCAUUAAACAGAAAUCUAGAUAACCUUGGAAUAAUUUUUAUUAAAAUCGACCCAUUGUUUAAUUUAAAAUUAGAUAAAAACCAUCAAAUUAAUAGAAACAUAUUCUUUUAUUGUGCCAAAACCAAAAUAAAUUACUAUUAAAUUCAAAAACAAAAGUAAAAAUAAAAAUAAAAAUAAAAACUAAAUCAAAAAAUUAAUAAUCAUUCCAAUCAAAGUGGUUUGGGAAUAGGGUGUAAUUUGUAGAAUUGAUAAACAACCAUAGCUCAACUAAAACCUAACUAUAUUAUAAAUAUGAUUAUAACUAAACACAUUAAUUUUGACAUAAAAUAAACCAAAAAAAAAAAAGAAAACAUAUAAGCUGUCAUUAACAUCAUAUCCAGGGUUAAAAAUUUAGUAAAGAAAAAUCUAAGACACUCACACAAAAAAUACGAUCUUUUUUGUAUUUAGGAUUAAUUUAGUCAUAAGGAAAAAUUGUUAUAUACAAACUAUAAAACUAAUCCACUAAGAAAAACUUUUAAUAAAAUUAAAAAGGAAAUAUAAGAAAUCUUGUGCAUUGUGUUCAUGUUACAAUAAAAUAAUCUUCGCAAGAAUAUCUAAAAUGUCUGUUUAAAAGAAUAUGCUUAGACCAUAUCAGCAUAUCACUGUUAUUUUUAAUGUACAGAAAAUGUUCAAUUUUUCCUAUUUUUUAUAAUCGUUGAAAUAUUUUACAUUGGUUUAUUCUUUUUUAAGUGAAUUUUAAAUAUUUCAAGAUUGGUGAAACCUGAUUGUUAACUGAUCUUCAUACUAAAUACGUAUAUGUUUGAAAUCAAAAUCUGUAAUUAUAAAAUACUGUUUUGUUCUCUUAAGAUUUUAACCUAAAUUAUUUUUUAAUGUUGCUACCUAAGAAAAAAAUAUAACAAAAUCAA